CAGGUAUCACAGAGAAGAGUAAUCUUUGUUCGCCCAAUGGUCAUCAAGGAUAUGAACUCUGCUAUUUUUAUCUAGAUGGAUGAAAAAGUUAACAGCCCAGAAGGGGAGUUCCUUUGGUUUUCAAGAUGGCAGCAACUAGUGGUGAAAGCCAACUGCAGCGGAUUAUCAGAGACUUGCAAGAUGCUGUGACUGAAUUAAGUAAAGAAUUUAAAGAAGGAGGGGAACCAAUCACAGAUGACAGUGUCAACUUGCAAAAAUUCUCCUACAAGCUUGAGUACCUUCUACAGUUUGACCAGAAAGAAAAAAACACAUUGCUGGGGAACAGAAAAGACUACUGGGAUUAUUUCUGUGACUGUCUGGCAAAAGUCAAAGGAGCUAAUGAUGGAAUCCGCUUUGUCAAGUCUAUUACAGAACUACGAACAUCUCUCGGAAAAGGAAGAGCAUUUCUUCGCUACUCCUUGGUUCACCAAAGGCUAGCAGACACCUUGCAGCAAUGUUUUAUGAACACCAAGGUGACCAGUGACUGGUACUAUGCAAGAAGUCCAUUUCUGAAUUCCAAAAUGAGUUCUGACAUUGUGGGUCAACUCUAUGAGCUCACUGAUGUUCAGUUUGACUUGGCAUCAAGAGGCUAUGAUUUAGAUGCUGCUUGGCCAGCAUUUGCCAGGAGGACACUGUCCUCGCUUGGAUCUUCAGCAUAUUUAUGGAAGCCCCCAAGUCGCAGUUCCAGCAUGAGCAGUUUAGUAAGCAGUUAUUUGCAGGCCCAAGAGUUUCCCUCCAGCCCUGAUGCAAAUAGCUCACUAAACGUUGAACACCUUGAGGGCUUUGAAGAGAUGCGUGUAGAACUUGACCAGGCUGAGCUGAGGCAGAGGGAACUUCAAGAUCGUAUUCACCAGCUAGAAAUGGAAAACCAGGAGCUCCAGGCAGCUGUCAGCCUUCAGAAAGAACAAGUACAGGUAGAAAAGGAGAAGAGCAAUAACUACAGCGAGGAAAACUCCCGGCUAACAAAGAUGAUCACAGAAUUACAGAAGCAAUGUGAGGUCUCACACUCCACUCAGAGCACUGUUCAUGACCUGCAGAAGUGCCUUCAGUCACUGGAACUGAAUGCAGUGGAGCAGCAGAAGGAAUAUUCAACAAAGCUGGAGCAGCUGGUGACCAGCAAGGAAGACUGUGCCUCAAAACUGCAGAUGUUGAAUCAGGAGCUGGAGGCCUCUACAGCUUUGGUUGCUAUGAAGGAUCUUUGCAUCAAUGAGCUCAAAGCCAAGCUGAGUUCCACAGAACAGAAGAACCUAAACCUUGCAAAAGUUGAUGCUGUCUUGGAGGAAAAGGGACAGCAAGCCACAGCCCACUGUGACUCUGCCCUGCAGAUACAGGCACUGUUAGAGAAGCUUCAGGAGACAGAAAAGGAAAAGGCAGAUAUGCAAAGACUCAAUGAUGAACAUGUGUCUCAGCUGAAAGCAGCAAGGGAGGAGCUGCAGCUGAAAGAAGAGGCACAGAAGGAACUGGAAUCCAGAUACAAUCGCCUCACUGCUGACUCCAAAGAAGAGAGUGAAAAGCUGCUUGGGAGCCUGGAAACCAUGGCCAAGGAAAUGGAUGCACUUCAGAAGGCCCUGACCCUGAAAGGAAAGGAGAUGGCUGAUCUCCAGACCCAGGUAAUGGGGUCGCUGGCUCAGGUGGGGUCACUGGAAAAAAAUCUUGAGGAAGCAAGGAAAGAAAAAGAGAAACUUGAGGAGGAGUAUGGUCGGAGGGAAGGAGCAAUGAAGCAGGAAGCCCAGUUGCAAGCAGAGCAACUUGAACUACAGGAGGGUCACUUAACAAAGGUGAGUCAGACUGUGCGUAGCCUUGAGGAGCGAAACCAGAAAAUCUUGGCUGAGAAAGAGCAUCUCAGCCAGAAAGUCAAGGACCUGGAGGAGCAGAUGGAGCAGCAAAACUCUGCAGUGAGCGAAAUGGAUGAAGAGAGCAGGAAGCUGAAAGCAGAGAAUGCAAAUUUGCAGCAGUCCAAGAAGAAGAUGGAAGAGAAGCUGAAAAAUUUGGAAGCUUCUAAAGCUUCCCUGGAAGCUGAGGUAGCCAGGCUGAGAGCCUCUGAGAAACAGCUUCAGAGUGAGAUAGAUGAUGCCCUGGUGUCAGUUGAUGAAAAAGAGAAGAAGCUCCGGGGCAAAAACAGACAGCUGGAUGAAGAUUUGCAGAAUGCCAGGAGGCAAAGCCAAAUUCUGGAGGAGAGAUUAGAGGUUCUACACUCAGAAUAUGAAGAAUUAAAGCAAAGAGAAGAGACCACCAAGGAGUCUUAUGCCUCACUUGAAGGACAGCUGAAGAGUGCCAAACAGCAUAGUUUACAAAUGGAAAAAAGUUUAGGCAUCUUGAAGGAAAGCAAAGAGUGUCUCCAGACACAGCUCACAGAGAAGGAAGUAGAACUGCAAGGCACGGAGAGCCAGUGUGAGCAGCUAAGAGUAGAAGCUGAAAGACAUAGGAAGAAGGCAGAGACUCUUGAGGAAGAAAAGCUCAGUGUCGAAAAGACUUGCCUUCAUCAGACAAAGCUUAUUGAAUCCCUCACAUCAGAAAAGGAAUCAGUGGAAAAGCACCACCUACAGCAGGCAGGUUCUCUGGAGAAGGAAGCAAAAGAGCUAGCCUCCAGACUGACCGUGAGUGAAGAGCAGUUGGAGGUCAACCGAAGUGAAGUGUCUAGGCUGCAAGCAGAAGUCCUCGACCUGCGAGUCAAGCUUCAGCAGACCACUGAUGAGAGAGAGAAGAUGAGAGGUGAGCUGGCAAUCACAGAGACUGUCUUGGGGGAGCAGAAGGCGCUUGUCCAGCAGCUGAAAGAGCAAAGCGAGUCACUCAACAGAAACCAUGUGCAAGAACUGGUAAAAUGUAAAGAAAGAGAAGAAGUGCUCAAAAAAGAGCAGGAGACAGCAGCCCGUCAAAAAGCUGAGCUGGAAAACAAUUUGCUGAACCUGAAGGAAGAGCUAUCCAAGGUUAAGCAGUACUUGAAAGCUGCUAGAAUGGUAAAUGAAGAAAACAAAGAUCUCCUCCACAGGACCAACACAGAUAUGGCUGAACUUGGUAUUCAGAUUUGUGCCUUGACCUCUGAAAAGAUGGAUGCGGAAGAGCAGUUAGCCCAGGCCACAGAAAGGCUCAAAGAACUGGAAGAACAGGCAGCAGAGCAACAGGAGAAGCUGAAGCUUGACAUCUCAAAUCUCAGACAGGAGAACAAGAGCCUGCAAGAGAAAUUAGAGGAGGCUCAAAUAUGUGCAGCAGCUGUCCCAGAUCUGCAAUUGCAGUUGGAGACAGUAAAGAAACAGGCACAGAGUUUCCAAGAGACCAGCCAAGAAGAGCUGUCUGCAAUAAAAUUUCAAAUGAGCACAGAGAUUUUAAAUUAUCAGACAAAAUUCAAGGCUGUCAGUGAAGAGUGUGGGAAAAUAAGAGAGCAACUCGAGGAGCAGAAGCGACAACAGCAUGCUGCAGAGGAAGAGAUUGCAGAGUUACAAGCUGCAAACACGAGUUUGUCUAGAAAACUGGAUGAAGCAAGAGAGCAGUUGUCCGAAUCAGAAUCUGUUCGGCUGCAGAAGGAAGAGGAGGUGACAUCUCUCAGAGAACUCUUGGAAAGGAUCCAAAAAGAAGCUGAUGAAGCAAAAGAGAAGGUCAUGGAUUACAGUGAGAAGCUCAGCAAGGUGGCAGCAGACAAAGAUAGCAGCGACCAGAAGUUGUUUGCUGAACUGGAUGACCUGACAAGAACAAAACAGUUCCUUGAAGAACGUUUGAUAGAACUUAUCAGAGAUAAGGAUGCUUUGUGGCAAAAAUCAGAUGCUCUGGAGUUCCAGCAGAAGCUUAGUGCAGAGCAAAGGUGGCAGGGGGACACAGAGGUUAAUCAUUGUCUGGACUGCCAGAGAGAGUUCUCAUGGAUGGUGCGCCGACACCACUGCAGAAUGUGCGGUCGAAUUUUCUGCUACUACUGCUGCAACAACUACAUGGUGACAAAGCCUGGUGGAAAAAAGGAGCGUUGCUGCAGAGCUUGCUUUAAUAAGCCUAGAGUCAUUGUGGACAGUGCAGAUGACUCUGGAUCCAGUGCCAACCAGGAAGGAUCACCAGCUUCAUCGGAAUCACCUGUGUCACCAGUUGCAAGUGAAGCCUCUAAACCACCAGAUGAUGCAGCAUUUGAUAUAAUCACUGAUGAGGAGCUGUGCCAAGUACAGGAAUCAGACUCUCUCCAUAAUGAAAGUCAGAUGGAGGGAGAGUCUCUGGAUCAAAGCGUGACAGAUCUAAACAGCACAUGUAAUUCUUCAGCCUUUGAUGAAUCAGAAGAGUGGCAAGUUGCUCAAGAUGCUGAGAUAUGCUUGUUGAAGUCAGGAGAAAUCAUGAUCAAACUACCCCUUACAGUGGAAGAGAUCUUAAAUUUUGGGGAAAGCAACAGAGAGCUGUUCAUUAAAUCCAGCACCUACAGUAUGAUUCCUAUCACUGUUACAGAGAUGGGGCUGACUAUUAGUUGGAUCUUUUCAUCAGACCCUAAAAGUAUAUCCUUCAGUGUUGUCUACCAAGAGUCAGAAGACACACCACUGGAUCAGUGCAAAGUUCUUAUUCCUAUGACUCGCUGCAACUCUCAUAAGGAAACUAUCAGAGGACAGGUGAAAGUCAGGAACUGUGGAAUCUACACGCUGAUAUUUGACAACACAUUCUCUAGGUUUAUCUCAAAAAGAGUGUUUUAUCACUUGGCUGUUGAACGACCUGUCAUCUACGAUGGAAGUGAUUUUCCAUAGCCUUGAAUAUACUGUGUUAUUUUUAAUUAAAUUUUUAAGAAAUGGUAUUAUUUAUGUACAUGUAAGCAUUAUGAUUACCACUGUGUUUGAAGACUUUGAAACUAUGCAAUAGUUAUAAUGCACUUAGAGAACACAUAUACACUAAAAAACAGAAGCCUUUUUAGGAACACUAAUGGUUCUGUACUGUGUACAGAUUGCUGAAAAGCCAUGUUGUUUGAUUUAACAGGUAAAAUAAUGUUCCAACCACUUUUUUUUCAGUGGAGAGAAAAAUAAGUGUAGUGGUGGCUAAAUGCAAACUGAGAUUCUCUACUGAAAGUUGAAUUUAUUUUUCUUCCAAAAAUAUCCUUCAAAAGGAAAUUUAAAGAAAAAUGCCUAUUUUUGUUGAC